AUGAUGAAAAAACUAAAACGACGACUGUCCCUUACAUUAAGAACUGGGCGUGGUCUAGAUGAGAGUUUAUCUGAACUGGCAGAACAAUUAACAGUAGAAGACAGAAGUCAAUCAGUACAAGAGGUUAGGGAAAAUGGCAUAGUACAUGAAAUACCUCGAAUUGGAUCAGAUGGUGAAAGUGAAGAAAUAUCAGGAACUUCAGAUGAGAAAGAUGACAAUAUAUCUCCAGUCAAACGAAGACAUAAAAAUCGUAGAAUUAAUGAGGAAGUAAUGAAAAGAUUGUCUCUACCAGCUGAUAUUCGUCUUCCUGAAAAUUUCUUAGCACGACAAAGUUUAUCUCUUAGUCCAGACGGUCAAUUGACACGACAAUCUCGUAGAAAAUCUCUUUCUGAAAUAGGAUUUGGUAAACUAGAAUCUUAUACUAAAUUAGAUAAAUUAGGAGAGGGAACAUAUGCCACGGUAUUCAAGGGAAAGUCUCGCUUAACAGAUAAUUUAGUUGCUUUAAAAGAAAUUAGGUUAGAACAUGAAGAAGGUGCCCCUUGUACAGCAAUCAGAGAAGUUUCAUUAUUACGGGAUCUCAAGCAUGCUAAUAUAGUAACAUUACAUGAUAUUAUACAUACAGAAAAAUCUCUUACUCUAGUCUUUGAAUAUUUGGAAAAAGAUCUCAAACAGUACAUGGAUGAUUGUGGUAAUAUAAUGAGUAUGACAAAUGUCAAGAUAUUUUUAUACCAAUUAUUACGAGGGCUAGCAUACUGUCAUAAACGAAGGGUACUACAUCGAGACUUGAAACCUCAGAAUUUACUUAUUAAUGAGAGAGGCGAGUUAAAACUAGCAGACUUUGGAUUAGCGAGGGCCAAAUCUAUUCCCACCAAAACAUAUUCCAAUGAAGUUGUGACGUUAUGGUAUCGUCCACCUGAUGUUUUAUUAGGGUCUACAGAAUACUCCACACCAAUUGAUAUGUGGGGUGUUGGUUGUAUAUUUUAUGAAAUGGCGUGUGGUCGGCCGUUAUUUCCUGGUUCCACUGUAGAAGAUGAGUUAUUAUUAAUAUUUAAAGCGUUAGGAACGCCUACUGAACAGGAAUUUCCAGGAAUAAGUUCCAAUGAGGAAUAUGUCUCAUAUAAUUUUUCUCGAUAUAAACCAGAACCAUUGAUCAACAUUGCACCGAGGUUAGACCAUGAUGGAUUAGAUUUAUUGUCAAAAUUUUUAAAGUAUGCAGCAAGGAACAGAAUGUCGGCAGCCUCAGGCAUGACUCAUUCAUUCUUCAAUUCAUUUGGGUCCACAAUUCACAGAAUACCAGAUACUGUCUCAAUAUUUACUAUACCAGGUAUAUCAUUACAUAGAGAUCCUGGUAUACGUUCAUCAUCCUUAGCAGCCUCAGGCAACAGACGAAGACAGAGUAUGUUAUUUUGA